AUGUGCAACACACCUCAGUGGGACGACAUAUGUGUAUUUUUAACGAGUAGUUGGACGUUUCCCAACGUCAUGUCCACCUCCUAUAAGCAUACCUCCAGAAAAUUUUCGACAGUUCACGACCGGUUUCGCCCUUCUUGGGGCUCAUCAGAUAGGCACAGUCCCCGAGUUUCCAUCAACGUUAUGUUCUACUGGAAACAUCACAAACGAGAGAUUCAGUUGGGUUCCCGAUCCAACAUUUCACUGUGUCCCACAAAACCUUCUCAACUACAGUCGUCGCCUGCGGCGUACACUGAUUUGCACAAUUUUGUUGCAAACAACGCACUGAUAAUGUCACAACGAAACAUUUGCAACAAAAUUGCCAAACUCGCCGCUGCAGCAGCGGCCUUUGCUGCAGCAAGCGCUUUCGCGAUGGUUUCGGAAUGGUCCAGUGCGCUGUCAGUUGUGGGUUCUUCAACUUUAAGCACUGUGUCACUCGGAGGUGGUGAAUCUCCCCAACGAGAAGCGCGCUUUCUGGUCGUACAUGAAUCUGGUUGUUCUGCCUUGUAUUUCGGUUCUGGAGCGGGUGGAACUAAGUUAAAGGUUGACAGUCACAUCGCUGUACAAACGUUUGUUUUACGGAAAUACAACCGCUACCGCCCGCGCGUUGGCUCCAACGACGCCCAAGACCUUUUGUUCCUGAAAAACAUAGACGCUCUGUAUUCGACCACUUCCACUCACUCUCAUCCCAGCAUACGAGCGACUGCCAAACUUGUGUCACAAAGAUACGUUUGGCCGAAUAUGCAAAAGGAGAUACGCACUUGGGCCAAGCAAUGUCUUGACUGUCAGAAGAGCAAGAUCCACCGACACACCAUUUCUCCAACUGGUAUUUUUCAGCUUCCCAACUCACGCUUUCGAAAUGUACACAUUGAUCUGGUUGGGCCGUUGCCCCCAUCCAGAGGUCACACACACAUACUCACCUGUGUCGACCGUUUCACACGCUGGCCCAUGGCCAUUCCGAUCAACGACACCUCUGCCGAAAACGUUGCGCCGUUAACCACCUCUGCCGAAAACGUUGCUAGGGCCGUUAACCACUACAAGGUUAACGCACAAAUCUAA